UUCCUUCAGCGGCACGGGACCCAUGGCCCGCACGAAGCAGACGGCGCGCAAGUCCACAGGCGGCAAGGCACCACGCAAGCAGCUGGCCACGAAAGUGGCCCGGAAGAGCGCCCCGGCAACAGGCGGCGUUAAGAAGCCACACCGCUACCGGCCUGGCACGGUGGCUCUGCGUGAGAUCCGGCGGUACCAGAAGUCCACAGAGCUGCUGAUCCGCAAGCUGCCGUUCCAGCGGCUGGUGCGUGAAAUCGCGCAGGACUUCAAGACCGACCUGCGCUUCCAGAGCUCGGCCGUCACGGCACUGCAGGAGGCGUGUGAGGCCUAUCUGGUUGGGCUGUUCGAGGACACCAACCUGUGCGCCAUCCACGCCAAGCGGGUUACCAUCAUGCCCAAGGACAUCCAGCUGGCGCGCCGCAUUCGUGGGGAGCGCGCCUAAGGCCCCCGCGCAGGCCGCUCCACCAGAGCACUAGUGCUCACCCCAAAGGCUCUUUUCAGAGCCACCACCUGGCCACAAAGGGUGCUGUGCCAACCCGGGGUGACUCCCGACUACUACAUGUUGUCUCCGCAUCCACUUAGUGGGUUGCAGUAACUAGGAUUCCCUGGGGAGAACGCACUGAAGCCCCCACCCUUGGGAGGGCCUGUGGCUGCCAACAUGUGAACCAACCUCCCAACCCUGCAAGGUGAGCAGCAGGAUCUCCACUUGGAGGAAACAGUACAAGU